CUCAGGAAGCAUAUCGUCCCAUCUUAUAAGUUAUAUAAACUAUCGAACGAGUCGUAUCUGUACCCGUAAUCCAAUUCUCCCUUUCUCCCUCCUCCUCUUUUCCACCUUCGCUCGCCCAAAGUCAAAACUCAAUUCUCCAAUCAUUUCAUUAAUCAUGGGGCUCUACGAAUGGCUGGGAAAUAACAUUCCGACCUUACUACGGCCGACCUUGUUACUCAGUUUAGCAAUCUACCACUUCUGCAUGACAAUCCUCGAAGUCAUCUUCAUCCAGCACCAGCCCUCGCUCCUCCUCAACCUCACCCAACUCCGCCACAAAAGCUUCGCCCGCCUCUGGAACCGAAAUGGCGCAGCAAUGUCCAUCGACAUGCCCGGCCCCAUAACAGAACUCCUCUCCCAAUGCCGCGGCCUCGUCCUCGACAUCGGCCCCGGCAGCGGAGAAGUCCUCUCGCGCUUCGAUGCCAGCAAGAUCACCGCCAUGUACGGCGCCGAGCCCGCCGCGGACCUUCACCGGGGUCUGCUCCAGAACGCGGAGAAGCACGGAUUCGCCGGCAAGUACCACGCCCUGCUCUGCGGCGCGGAGCCCGAGUCGUUGAUCCCCGCGCUGUACGAGGCCGGCGUGUUGGACCGUGAUCGCGCCACAGAGGUGUUUGAUGAGAUUUGCGUUGUGCGGGUUUUGUGUGGCGUGCCGAGUCCGCGGGAGACGAUUCGCGGGUUGUAUGCGUUGUUGAAGCCUGGCGGGAGGAUGGUCGUGUGCGAGCAUGUUGUGAAUCCUUGGAGGACCGAGGGGAGUCUUGCGGCUAGGUUGUUGCAGGGGGUGUAUAGUGCGAUGGGCUGGCCGUUUUUCAUGGGAGGUUGUGCGUUGCAGAGGCAUACGGCCGAGUGGUUGAGGGAGGCGGGCGGGUGGAAGAAGUUUGACUUGCAGUAUGUGGAGCCGCAGACGGCGAUACCGUUCGUGGUAGGUGAGUUGAUCAAGGCGGACGCUUGAAUGUAAGCGGAGAAUGUGUAUAGUCGGAUCUAGGAGACGGAUAUAUGAAGGAUAUUUUUCCGUAUGCAAUGUCGACUUGUACGGAGGACAUGUAUUGACUGUAAAUAACGAUGCCAAAAGAAAAAAAGAAAAAAAGAAAAAAGAAAACAUAUGCACUGUUUCCCAGUCCUAGCCA